UUAGUAAAAUAAAAAUAAAUGAAAAAAAUUAAGUAAAACUAAACAAAAAAAUGCAAAUUUAUUGGUCAUUAACUGGUCUUUAAGUUUCCAAGACUUAUAAUCUGCAGAAAAGCAAACUUCAGAGAGAAGUCUUCAAAAUCGAUACCUAAAGCCAAAACCAGAGCUGGAGUUGAGUUCAAAGUGACUCUCUAUUCGUCAACAGACUUCUAACAGCCUUUAAAAAGGUGUCGUCUCUCAGUUGACUACUACUGGCGCUGUUGACUAAACUUUUAUACCGUUUUUCUAAACUAACUUUCCAUAAGUUUUUUUUCACUUAAUCGGUCAGUCAGUCAGUCAUCAGUCAAUUAGUUUGUGCCAAAAGUCUUUCACUAAAAAUAUUCAACAAUGAGUUUAAAAGUGAUUGCAAACAAUAAACUGUUUAUAUAUUUGACGGCAAUUCUGGUGGUGCUGUCCAUGACUUUCAACUGUUGUGAUAAUUAUAUUGUCUUAGAAACCGAGAAGACAUACCAAAGUCUUUUGAAUAGUUUUUUUGAAACCAAACAAAUCGAUAACAAUGAUCUUCAAUUAGAUAGUAGUAGUGAUGUAAAUGUCGACAAUAGUGUCCAACACAUCCAUAAUGAUUCAAAUUUAACGACAAACCAAAUAAAACCUAAAAAAGUGAAUCCAACAGAAAAGCCGUGUUCUUCGUGUAUUAAAGAAGAGUUUGAGUUAAGUCAGACACUUAUAGAGGAACAACAAUUACAACGAUUAGAGUAUAUUAAACAACAGAUACUUUCCAAACUAGGGAUGAGUGAAGCGCCCAAACUAUUAUACAACUCUAUCCACACUAAUAAUUUCGUCCAGUUAUUGGAAGCGUCAUCAUUGGCACUGCCAGUACCGCAACCAACACCCGAACCGGUUGCCAAACGCGAGAUUAAAGACAGGGAUAAAGUGUUUAUAUUUCCGACACUAAACGUUUCGCGUCUAAAUAAACCACAAUUCAAUAUAUCUGUUAACGAUAACAAACAAUUUUAUUCAGUCAAAUCAAUUAAUAAAAUUACAUUAUUUGUCAAAAAGACAUCUAAAUUAUUGGCAGUCAAUGAUGAUGACAACAGUCACGUUGAUAAUGAUCUUACAAUUAUAUCGACAACAGUUCCAGUGUUGACCCGUUUACAGGAAAUUCUGAAUAUGAGAGUUCUCGGCAUUUUAAGUCCACAACCGGUUAACAAUAAUAUCAAUGAAAUCGAUAGACUCUUCAAUUGGAUUCAAUAUGAUUUAACUGAUAUAUUGAGACAUGAAGUGAUCAAUACAAACAAAUUGGUCUCAUUUGACAGCGAUAGCUAUGAUCUAAAGGAUUCAUUUAUAACUAUUGAACACAACUAUAAUAAUAUUCGUCGAAGUCGUCGAAAUUUUGAAUGUAAUGCCAACUCUACUUCGUGUUGUAGGGAAAGCUUUUAUGUCAACUUUACAACUAUUGGUUGGAAUGAUUGGAUAUUACAGCCACCCGGCUAUUAUGGCAACUAUUGCAGAGGCAAAUGUGACAUAAGUAAUGCCCGAUACCAUCACACAACUGUCAUUGGCAAAUAUCCAGCUAUUAGUUUAUGUUGUUCGCCCAGAGAGAUGUCUCACAUAUCAUUGAUAUAUUUGGACGACACUGGAACUGUUUACCAGAAGAAUUUGAAUAAUAUGGUUGUCGACGCCUGUGAUUGCGCUUAACAUAACAUAACAUAACAAAACUCAUAAUCAAAUUUGUUUUGUUUGUUUGAUUGAUUUUGGUCUCAUUACUCAUAAUCACAUUCAUAUCUUUCU